UCAUUGGUGUUCUCAUUCGCUUUUGUGUUUUUGCUUUGUAAUGUAAAGUUAGUUGUAAAAUGCGUGUUUGUAAAAUUUUGUAACAUACAUACACAUAUAUGUAUAUGUACAGCGGUUUAGCUGUAAAAAAAUCAAACGUAGAAGCAGAUUUUCAUUUGAUUGACUCCGGAAGAAAAGGAAAUAGUUGAAGAUGGGUUCGGGAAUGCCUGAGAUAGGUAGUCGAAUUAGUUUAAUAUCGAAAGCGGACAUACGUUACGAAGGCAAGUUGUAUUCUGUGGAUCCGGAAGAAUGCACAAUAGCGUUAUCUAGCGUUAGAUCGUACGGUACAGAAGACCGCAAAACGACGUACCCGGUGCCGGCGCAAAAUCAAGUAUAUGAUUAUAUAUUAUUUAGAGGUUCCGAUAUCAAAGAUAUACGAGUUUUGACUACGACUAUCCCAAAUGAUCCGGCAAUCGUACAACUAUCAGUUCCUCCUUCUAUUAACGAAUUACAAUUCCAAUCACAAUCCGGCUACCCUCCUCCUUCGAUUGGUUCGAUGACGAUGCCAAAUGUUGUCCCUGGCCCAUCUAGAGGACAACCGGCUAACGAUUUUCAAACCGUCGCUGGUUUCACGACGCCGGCCGCCGGUACCAAUAUAACGCACUCUAUUCCUAAACCUCAACCAGUACCUAAUAUCUCCGAAGACGGAUCCAGAUCUUCUACGCCGUCUACGCAAAACGCUGUUCAACAUAAAAACUCCACCGAUUCGAAUCGUCAGCCGAAUGCCUCCAAAUCCGACGAACAAAACCAACGUCGACCGGGCGGCUACCAACAGCGUGAUAACCGAUCUAAUCAACAGAAUCGAUACCAACAACAGCAGAAACCUCAAUAUCAACAGCGUUAUCCGCAACACCAACAACAGCACCAGCAGCAGCAACAACAACAUCAUCGUUAUCAGCAACAAAAUCAACGAUAUCCGCAACAACAACGUUAUAUGCAGCCUCAAUACCGCGAUUACAGAGAUUCGAAUAAUCAAUACAGAGAUUCGAAUAAUCAGUACAGGAAUCAAAACGAUUAUAGAGAUCAAUACGCUAAUCGUCAGUAUCCGAAAUGGAAUAAUCAACGCACAGGUCAGCAAUCGAAUCAACAACAACAGAAUUAUCAAUCGGCUGCGUACCAAAAUCAUAAACCUAAAAAUACGUUGAAAUUCGAGAACGAUUUCGAUUUCGAGCAAGCUAACUCGCAAUUCGAAGAAGUUAAAUCGAAAUUGGCCAGUGUAAAGAUCGACGAUAGUGUAAAACUGAACGGUGACGUUGAAGCUAAGAAAGAGGACAGCGGUAACGAGGUUAGCGGCGGCGAAGAAAACGAACCAGAUAAAGAAGACAACCCUAUAUUCUACGAUAAAGUGAAAUCAUUCUUCGAUCAAAUCAGUUACGAAGCUAUCGAAAGGAGUAAAGGACAUACGCAGCGUUUAGAUUGGAAAACCGAAAGGAAAAUUAAUUCCGAAACAUUCGGCGCCGUCGCCCUAAGACGUAAUAAUAAUUACCGAGGACCGCGUCCUGGCGGAAAUUACUACAAUAAUUAUCAAUCUAAUAACUAUCAUCAUCAAGGUAAUAAUUACCAAAACCGAAAUCCAGCUAUGGCUCAUAAGUUCAGGGGCGGAUUUAGGCAAAAAACACCUCAAACUCGUAGACCGUAUAACGAAGUUAGAGUUGACGAUGACUCGAAAGGUAAUCAAUCGGCGUAAUUCUUCGUAGAUAUUCCUCUCUGUGUCACUUUUUUAAAAAUCGUUUACUUCUACGACGAAAAGAAGAGAAUUUUUUAUUUUCGAUUUUUUUUUCUAAGCUACUUUUUUAUGUUUUACCGACAUUCAUUGUAUUUAAUUUUCGGUCUAACGUGAUCUUGUGCGGACGUAUUUAUGAUGUGAAGAUGUUUAAACUUGAUAUCGAUUUGUCAUCUCAUUAUUGAACGAUAUGUUUGUCCAUUAUCGAUUACGAUUGUUGGAUUAUUCAAUAAUAUUUUUUUUCAUGUACUCGAAUUCGAAUGUAACCAACCUGAUUGGUGAUUAGUCUGUGAAAAAAAAAGCCUACUGCGUUUUCGUCAGUGCAGGGAAACGUGUUUAUUGUUUUUGUUUGUUUUUACUUUCUUUUUUUUCUCAUUUUGAAGUGAUAUGGAUUUUUUUUUUUCUUUAAUAAGAUGUGGAAUUUACGUUUUUCCCCUUCUCUUUUUUAUUGUGUAAUUUAUUUUAUUUCUUUACUGGUAUGGUUUAAUGAACGCCAUUCUCGUCGUAUUGAAUUAUUAAUGGUAUCUUAUACAUACGUGUCGAUUUCAUCUUUUUUAUAAUUAGCUACUUAAUGUACACGUUUGAAAAUAUCGUCUUUUUUCCCCCCUUCUUUUUAAUAGGUUGUUGUCGCUUUAAAAGACGUAAAGAAAGAAAAAAAAAUACCAUUUGAAAAAAUCUUAUUUAUUAUUUUCUCUCUAUUUUCAUGGGAGUUUUAUUUAUUAUCCGGGAGUUUGCGCGUUCUUCUUUCUUGAUUUUUCUUUUUCACUCCUUCGUGGUGGAAAAAUAGUGUUGCGUGACGAAUAAAAUUAGCGUAUCUAAUACUCGAGGACAUUUUAGAAGUAACCUUAAAACGUAACCGAAUGAUUGUUUUCCUCAAAAGGUAUUGUGAAAAUUUUUAUAAAAGUAUUAUAACCACUGAACAGGUGUUAUGGAAUUUUGUUAUUAGUACAUUUUUGAUGAAACAUGAUUUGAAAAUGGUACGUUUUUUUUUAUGUAAUUCAGCUGCGAUUUUAUUUAUUUAUUUUUUUCUUCGUUUUUUUUUUAACGUAACGAGUACUUAUUAAUUAAAUAUUUUAAAUUAAGAAUGCAUUUAUUUGGUAGUGUGUGUAAUUUAUAAUAGCGAAAUAUCGAAAAAUAUUAUUUUUCAAGCGGUUACAACAAUGUUGUUAAUUAUUUUACUAUUCGCCUAUAUCGGCUAUCCGGUGUCUCAUACAAUAUUUAAAUCAUUUUUCAUGUGUUGUUUAUGAAUUGUUAAUCAGACUACUAUAUCUUAAACGAUUUGAUUUUCUUUUUUUUUAGGUAAUCGAUUGUAAUUAGAAAUUAAAAAGUCGCGCUUUUAAACAGAGAAAAAGAUUGAUAUUUUGUGGGUAAGUUUAGAAAGAAAAAAAAUACACGUUUUUUUUUGAAAAUUAUUACAACCAUUGUAUUGGGUUUCACACUUUGAAAAUUGAAUAAACAUACACACGACACUGCUUUCUUUCGUAAAAAGUACCGAGUAGAAAUCGUUUUGGUAGUUGUUUUAUUUAAUGUUGAAUCCUUUUUUUUUUCAAAGUUCACUUGUGAAAGUGUAUCGUUGAUGAUUUUUUUUUUUUGAAUGUAAUGUGUUGAUAGAAAAAAAAAGUAUUUACAAUGUCCGCAUUAUUAUAAUCUUUUCUCUUCCGUUUUACAUCUUUUUUUCCCCCUCUUUCUUUCGUAAUCUAAUAUACAUAUUAAAAAUAAUAAAACAUGUAAUUCACCAUUUUGAUGUUAUUAUUGUGUAUCCAGUGUUGUUGCCUUUUUCGUUUAUUUUGAAUUUUUAUAAUAAAAUAUUCAAACGAUGGUUAUA